AUGAUCACUUUUCAGACAUCUUUCAAAACAAAUACUAUGAAAGCAAAUGCAAUUAUCACCAAUCUCGGAUCUACCCUUAGAACCGAGAAAGAUACUCUUGAGCAAGUUCGCAGCAGUAUUCAGUCAGCCAAUUUAGAGUUUCAAACCUCCCUCUCUUCCAAUAUUGACAAACACCAUGAAGACUUGGCUAUGGAAAAUAAAAUCAUGGAUGAGCUCGCAGUCAAAAUAGAAAAGUUAUCCCUCCAAAACGAGAGGGAGAACAAGAACAAGGAAAAGGAAAAUCUUCUGAUGCUGAAAAGCCAACUGGGGGAUAAAGUUAUAGAUGAUGAUGAAAAGGAAGAGGAAGAUAAAAGUGUGAUGCUCAAGCGAAAAGCACGAGAUGCUAUCAUUGAUGAAAAUUUGCGAAUCGCAAAAGAAGCAGAAAAAAAUGAGAAAGAGCUUUGUGAUGCUCAAACAAAUCUUGAAGCCAAAAAUAUGUUAUUUCCUCCAUGGUCUAUAGAGAAAAUUUUAACAGAAGCAAUUGAAACUCCGAGCAUUCACUGGAUAGAUUCAAAAGCCCUUAAGCAUGGCAAGCCGCAAUACCAGAUCUGGAGUUCACAGAAAAUAAUUGUUCCCAAGGUUAUUGGGCCAAUACAAACCGAGAGUUUUGUCAACGUCAAAUUUAAAACUACUCAAGGGUCUGCAAAUUCCAUCUUCGAAUUCUCUAUCGUAGACUUGCCAUGUUUAAAUCCAUACGAAUGGAUCAUGCUGAUGCAUCUCUUGAUGAAAGAAGAAAAUAAGUAUGAGCCGAUUGUUGAUCAUAUCAAGAGGAUGUUGGUUUCGUACAUCCACGAGGUAGCAAAGAUAGAUGUCGAAAUUGCAUCGGUGCUACAAAAGAAACCAACAGUUCUUCCUGAAGCUUCGGAGAAAAUCAUUGAGAAGAUGAAGCUCAGGAGAAUUGAGAAAGAUAAUUGGAGCGUGAUGUUCCAGCGAGGAUCGAAAGAAAUAGGAUACAUUUAG